AGUUUCAGUUUCGUUCGGUUCGCUGCCGGCGCGAAUUGUUACCACUCCCCAAGCUGUGCCAGUUCUUGAACCCAAGUUUUUUUUUUCUGUGGCAAUGAAAGUGAUUUUCCCACUGGCCCUGGCGCUGGCCCUAUCGGUGGCAGUGGUCCUGGCCCAGAGCGAGGAGCCCGAGCUGGGCUGCAUCUGGUAUGGCCAGAGUCAUCAGAUCGGUGCCCACUGGCAGAAUUUGGCGGACACAAGACCAGCGCGACCGCUGAACAGUGCCACGGCUGAGGCGAUCUUUGCCCGGCGUUGCCCGGUUUUGUACAAGGAGUACAAGGGCGAGUCUGGCGAGGAGGAGCUAAGUCUCUGCUGCGACGCAGCUCAGAUUGAGACCAUGGACGCGGGCCUGUCGCAGGCGGAUGGUGUCUUCUCCCGCUGCCCGACGUGCACGCGGAACAUGGCCCAGACAGUCUGCGCCAUGACCUGUGCCAAGAACCACACCCUCUUCCUAACCGGCUACAAUGCCACCUACCAGCCCACGGGCCUGGAGUUCAUCGAGUACAUUGAUUACCGGAUUACAGACGCCACCGUAUCCAAGAUCUAUGACAGCUGCGACGGAAUCCAGCACACGCAGACGGGACGACCGGCCAUGGAUCUGGGAUGCGGGGCCUACAAUGCCAAGACCUGCAACUACCGUCGCUGGUAUGAGUUCAUGGGCGACGUGACCGGCGACUAUGUGCCCUUCCAGAUCAACUAUAUAUGGUCCGAUGACGCGGAGGAGGGCAACGAGGAGAUAUACCUGGAUCUGAAUAUCCUCAAGUGCGGCGAGAGCUACGAGGGCAGCUACGCCUGUGCCUGCAUUGACUGCGAGACGUCCUGUCCGCUCACAGAUGCGCCCACGGGUCCCGACGAGCUAUGGAAGAUCGCUGGCCUCUACGGGGUAACCUUCAUAGUGGGGUUGAUCAUUGCCGUGCUCUUCUCGGGUCUCAUCUGCUGGGGAGCGCUGAGCAGGAACCGGCUCUGCAUGACCAGUGUCUGUAUGCCGACGCUGUUUGGGGAGUUCUUCUACCAUGGCUUCCGCGUCUGGGGAACAUUCUGCGCCAAGCAUCCGGUUUUGGUCCUUGCCCUGUGCUCCUGGGCCAUCGCUGGGCUGUCCUAUGGCAUUCGAUACAUGACCAUCACUACGGAUCCCGUUGAGCUCUGGGCCGGCAGCGAGAGCCAGACGAGGCUUGAGAAGGACUACUUUGACCAGCAUUUUGGACCCUUUUAUCGCACCAACCAGAUGUUCAUCAAGGCCGUCAACCAAAGCCAUUUCACCCAUGAGGCUCCCAGUGGCCUGCUGAACUUUGGCCCCGCCUUCGAGUACAACUUCCUGAAGGAGGUCUUUGAACUGCAGGAAUCCAUCAUGAAGCUGGGCCUGGCAGAAGGCGAGGGCCUGGACAAGAUCUGCUAUGCCCCCGUCCUGUUGGCGGGUCAGACGGCCACCGUCGAUGACUGCGUUAUCCAGUCGAUAUAUGGUUACUUCCAGCACGAUAUGGAUCGGUUUGAGAGCUCCUACGUCGACAGCAACAACUAUACGAUUAACUAUCUCAACCAGCUGGAGGAUUGUCUAAGAGUUCCCAUGAUGGAAGACUGCUUUGGCACCUACGGUGGACCCAUUGAGCCCGGUAUCGCUGUGGGUGGCAUGCCCAAGGUGGCGGUGGGCGAUGAUCCCGACUACAUGCUGGCCACCGGACUGGUGAUCACCUUCCUGGGCCGCAACCAACUCGACGAGGCCAAGCUGGAGCCGAACGAGAAGUGGGAAAAGCUCUUCGUGGACUUCCUGCGGGACUACAAGAGCGAUCGCCUGGACAUAGCCUACAUGGCGGAACGGUCCAUUCAGGAUGCCAUCGUGGAGCUGUCCGAGGGCGAGGUAAGCACUGUUGUCAUCAGCUACCUGGUGAUGUUCCUGUACGUGGCCAUAGCCCUGGGUCACAUCCGCAGCUGUACGGGCUUUCUGCGCGAGUCGCGGAUCAUGCUGGCCAUCGGCGGAAUUGUCAUUGUGAUGGCCUCGGUUACCUGCAGCCUGGGCUUCUGGGGCUACCUGGAUGUGACCACAACGAUGCUGGCCAUCGAGGUGAUACCGUUCUUGGUGCUAGCCGUGGGCGUGGACAACAUUUUCAUCAUGGUGCACACGUAUCAGCGCCUGGACCACUCGCAGUUUGCGACCACCCACGAGGCAAUUGGAGAGGCCAUUGGCCAGGUGGGACCCUCGAUCCUUCAGACGGCGGGCAGCGAGAUGGCCUGCUUUGCCAUUGGUUGCAUCGCGGACAUGCCGGCGGUAAAGACGUUUGCCAUGUACGCGGCGAUUGCAAUCCUGUUGGACUUCCUUCUCCAAAUCACCGCCUUUGUGGCCCUGAUGGCCAUCGAUGAGCGGCGCUAUCAAGACGGUCGGCUGGACAUGCUGUGCUGCCUAAGGAGUGGCGGUGCCAAGAAGAGGCACUCGGUACAGGAAGAUGCUGUUGGAGCUGGCGCUGGCGUGGACCAGGCCAAGGAGGUGGGCAUGCUGGAGUCCAUGUUCAAGAAUUUCUAUUCACCCUUUCUGCUCUCCAAACCCGUGAAGGUGUGCGUGCUGCUGAUCUUCACUGUGAUCACCUGCCUGUCCCUGAUGGUGGCACCCUCCAUUGAGAAGGGUCUCGACCAGGAAAUGUCCAUGCCGAAGAACUCUCACGUGGUAAAGUACUUCCGUUAUAUGGUCGAUCUCCUUGCAAUGGGUGCCCCCGUCUACUGGGUACUCAAGCCCGGUCUGAACUACUCGUUGCCCCUGGAGCAGAAUCUCAUCUGCGGUGGAGUCGAGUGCAAUAACAACUCGCUGUCCGUGCAGCUGUAUACGCAGUCCCGCUAUCCGGAGAUCACGGCCCUGGCCCGACCAGCCUCGUCCUGGCUGGAUGACUACAUUGACUGGCUGGCCAUUACCGAUUGUUGCAAGUACAACGUAACCACCGGCGGCUUCUGCUCCAGCAACUCCAAGAGUGACGAUUGCCUGCCCUGUGAAAGGGGCUUCACCGAGAAUGGCCUGAGACCCGAUGUGGAGACGUUCAACAGGUAUAUACCCUACUUCCUCUUUGAUCUGCCAGAUGCCGAGUGUGCCAAGGCAGGCAGAGCCUCUUAUGCUGAUGCCGUGAUCUACACCAUAGACGACGAGGGAAUGUCCACCGUCCAGGACACCUACUUCAUGCAGUAUUCCACCACAUCGACCACCUCGGAGGAAUUCUACUCGCAGCUUCGCGAAGUGCGAAGAAUUGCCGGCGAGAUAAACUCAAUGUUUGCGGAGAAUGGCGUUGAUGCCGAAAUCUUUGCCUACUGCGUCUUCUACAUUUACUACGAACAGUAUUUGACCAUUUGGGACGAUGCACUCUUCUCCCUGGGUAUGUCCCUGCUGGCCAUCUUCCUGGUGACCCUGGUUAUCACUGGCCUGGACAUAACAUCCACCCUGAUUGUGCUCUUCAUGGUGAUUUGCAUACUGAUCAAUAUGGGCGGCAUGAUGUGGGCGUGGAGCAUCAACCUGAAUGCCAUUUCACUGGUGAAUCUGGUGGUGUGCGUGGGCAUUGGCGUGGAGUUUGUGGCUCACAUUGUGAGAUCCUUCAAGCGGGCGGAGGGAACAGCACAGGAGCGUGCCCGCCACUCGCUGAAUGUCACCGGCAGCAGUGUCCUGUCGGGCAUAACGCUCACAAAGUUCGCUGGCAUCGUGGUGCUGGGCUUCUCCAACUCACAGAUCUUUCAGGUCUUUUACUUCCGCAUGUAUCUGGGCAUUGUCCUGAUUGGUGCUGCCCAUGGCUUGAUCCUGUUGCCGGUUCUGCUCAGUCUUCUGGGGCCGCUGAAUAAUCUGGCCAGGAGCUCCAGUGCCGAGCCCAUUGGAGUCUCCAACUGAUGGGGUAUAUUUUACUCUUAAUAUAUAUUUAUAUAUAUUAUAUAUUUGUAUUUAUAGUCUGUGUGGUUUGCUUGAUUGUGUGUGUGAGUGUGUGUGAUGUAAAGAAACAAUUUUCCCAAUUUGAUUUCUGUUAAUUUCAACUGCAAACUGUGAGCUUAUAUCAUCAAAAUAGUCGAACAAAAAACGAAAGAGAUAAU